AAAUUGUGCCGAUUCCUGAUCAAAUGUUCCAUCAAAUAUAUUUUUGUGAUAAAGGUUCCGUAUAGCUUCGAGUAGUUCCACUGAAAGAAGGUAACCGGUAUCGCCAGCUAAGAAGCUCCAUCACUCGAGAAUGGAUCUACUAAUAGCAAAUGUUGAUAGUUGGACAUUUAAGAUUGAAAAAGAUCUGAACGAGCAAUAUGGAGCUCUCGCACUUCCUUUCCCCGGCAUGGACAAAUCCACCGCCGCCGUCUGUCUAUUUUUCAAUGCAUCGGAUGGAACAGAAUGCCAGAAAGGAAACGCGUGCCCCUUCCGGCACAUACGCGGCGAUCGCACCAUCGUGUGCAAACAUUGGCUGCGAGGUCUAUGCAAAAAGGGCGACCAGUGUGAAUUCCUGCACGAAUACGAUAUGACCAAGAUGCCCGAAUGUUACUUCUACUCUCGCUUCAACGCGUGCCACAACAAGGAAUGUCCCUUCUUGCACAUCGAUCCGGAAAGUAAGAUAAAAGAUUGUCCCUGGUACGAUCGGGGAUUCUGCCGGCACGGUCCGAACUGUCGACACCGGCACGUCCGGCGAGUGCUGUGUAAUAACUACCUUGCCGGCUUCUGUCCCGAUGGUCCGGAAUGUAAGUACAUGCACCCGCGGUUUGAGCUUCCACCACCUCCCGAAAUCAAGGAUCAAACACCGAAACGUCCAACCACCUGUCAUUACUGUGGAGAACUGGGUCACAAAGCAUCGUACUGCCCGAAAAUGCCCCAAGAGCAACGGGAAGCUACACAACGCAUGGAAGAUGCAAAAUACCGUGCACUUGGAUAUUACAAACAUCGAAUGCACCAGGAAGGAGGAAACAAUGCUGGCGGAGAAGAGGGUGCUUUUGUUCCACAGAAACCACCGCCACGUCCAAUCGAGGAAAUUACUUGCUUUAAAUGCGGCCUCAAGGGACAUUACGCGAAUAAGUGUACAAAAGGCCACCUGGCUUUCCUUUCCAACAGUGUACAAAGGAAGUAGGAAAUGCAUAUUAGGGAUUAGAGACGUAAAACACAGAACCUUAAGCAAGCCCCGUAUCGUUUUUCUUAUUUACGAUUUAUUUGGAUCAUUGAAACAUUAAAAUAAACCACUUCAUUUUAAAAGAAAAAAAAUAUAAAGUUCAAAAGUGUACGAAGCUGCUCUUAGUUAUGCCGUUCCUUGUGGUCAACGCAUAUUUUUAUAUAUUAAACGAAAA